UCUCCUAAUUCGAUUCACAAUGACUGAUUCCAGUUAGGUAAUAUACAGUACAGCAGCACUUGCAAUAAUAUUGAAAAUGCGGUCUAGCACGAGGGUUGCAGAGACGAUGUGUUUUUGACAUGCAUGUCAGAGAGAGCUACGUCGACUAGAGGCAAACUGUCAACACUUGCAGCUCCGCGAACAUAAGUCAGUUGAUGACGGAAGAGAAAAUUGGAAAGCCAAAAGCAGUAUUUUUUCGCAAAACAACAAUCAGUAGUUUCUCCUUCUGAUAAUCUCUCGUCUUUAUCUGGUUAGUGAAGCAAAGUCGUGGUGCAUAAAUGCGAGGGAAAUAAUUGACACAGUAAUCGAGGAGGGAGCGAUGCAUUUGUUCAGCGUGUCUAACACAGAACUGUAGUUUUUCAAGGAGCGAGGAAUGCUAUCUGAGCUCGCGCAUCAAUGUUUCACUGGGGCAAGUGGAAGAAGAGGAUGGGCGCGAAUAGUUCUUCCAAGAGACCGGUCUACGAUGAAAAGGAAGAUGUAACCUUUGACCACUUCCAGAUCCUACGGGCCAUUGGGAAGGGGAGCUUCGGAAAGGUGUGCAUUGUGCAGAAGCGGGACACAGAGAAGAUGUACGCCAUGAAGUACAUGAACAAACAGCAGUGCAUAGAGAGAGACGAGGUCCGAAACGUCUUUAGAGAGCUAGAGAUCCUACAGGAAAUUGAACAUGUUUUUUUAGUAAACCUCUGGUACUCGUUCCAGGACGAGGAGGACAUGUUCAUGGUGGUAGAUCUGUUGCUGGGAGGAGACCUGCGCUACCACCUCCAACAGAACGUCCAUUUCAAUGAAGAUGCUGUGAAGCUCUACCUGUGUGAGAUGACCCUGGCCCUGGACUACCUGCAGAGCCAGCACAUCAUUCACAGGGAUAUCAAACCAGACAACAUCUUGUUGGAUGAGCAAGGCCACGCCCAUCUGACGGACUUCAACAUUGCUACAAUAAUCAAGGAUGGAGAGAGGGCUACCGCCUUAGCUGGAACAAAGCCCUACAUGGCACCAGAGAUUUUCCAGUCCUUUGUGAGCGGUGGAGCGGGUUACGCCUUUGAGGUGGACUGGUGGUCACUGGGCGUGACAAUCUUCGAGGUGCUCCGUGGAUGGAGGCCCUAUGAGAUCCAUGCCAGUAGCUCGGUGGAAUCUUUAAUGCAGCUCUUCAGUACGGUCAGCGUGCAGUACAACUCAGCUUGGCCCAAGGACCUUGUUCAUCUUAUGAGGAAGCUGCUGACCGUGAACCCAGAACAUCGUUUCUCCAGCCUGUCUCACAUGCAGACAGCGCCCUACCUCUCCGAAAUCAACUGGGAUGCUGUGUACAAGAAAGAAUUAGAAGCUGGGUUCGUUCCUAACAAGGGCCGUCUACAUUGUGACCCUACCUUUGAGCUGGAGGAAAUGAUAUUAGAAUCUCGUCCCCUCCACAAAAAGAAGAAAAGAUUGGCUAAGAACAGGUCUCGGGAGGCCAGCAAGGAUUCCCAGUCUGAGAAUGACUACCUACAGGAGUGCCUUGAAGUGGUGCAGUCGGAGUUCAUGAUCUUCAACCGCGAGAAGUUGAAAAAGAACCAAGAAGAGGGGGCAGAGGGAGGGGAGUGUGAAGCGGCAGCUGAGGGCGGUGGUGAUGGAAACGGAUCAGGGGAGGCGGAGGCAGGAACAGAGGAUGAGGACCCUGAACCCGAGUCCUCUUCCAAACUGAGCAUGUGUGGCUCCGUUUGCUCCUCUCCCGGCAGCUGCUAGCACCACACCGCCACCUGGUGGUCCAUUGGGCUGCUGUGUGUGUGUGUGUGUGAGACCAUGCCUAUACAUACUCUAACCUCUCCAAUGUAGCCAUGAUGACUAGGGGAACAGGAACACACAGCAGAACACAAAAUGGCUCCCCUUAUUUCUGUAGCAUCCAUUGUUAAGGCAUGAAUGGGACUGUAGGUUCCAGAGCGGUCCUGUCCUCCGCGCCCUAGAGUAAGCUCUAUCUUCUAUGCAACAUACAGUUUAGCUUGACAGUAAGUUAUCGUUAAAACAGGGGAUAGGAAACACCAGAUGCCACAAUAUAUGAUAUGAGCAUGAUGACAGAACAACAGGAGCCAGGUUUAAGAGUGUGAGAGAGAAGUUUUUUUGCAGAGCCUUCAGGCUUCGGUAGAUGUACUGUAGUUCCCACGUGCUGAAUGAUUAUAUUGAGUUGUUUGGCAUUAUACAUUUUCUUGGCUUGUGUAGCUUGUUCAUUCCCUCUAAAUCUCUCUGCACGCUAUUAUUCAGAACAACAAUAUAAAUGUUGUUGGUUUACAUUCUCCAAAUGCCUUGGAUUUUUAUGAUAAUAUGAUUUUCAGAAAUACAUUGUAGCGCACAUAGAAAUAUAAGUUCUAACCUAUUACUAGUCGUGACAAUGUGGUUUUGGAAAUAUGGUCUAGUAGGUUCUAAUCUAUUUCUAAGGGAUUGCAGUGGAUAGUCACAUUUAGAAAAGGGUUAAUGCCAUUUCCAGUUUAAGCAUAAUACUGUAUGGGCCAUUCAAGUCUAAAUAAGUUCAGUCCAAUAUUGUAAAACCACUAAUUGGUGUCCAUUGUUAGUCAAUAGCCAUUCAUCACAUGUAAAUGAUAUCUACAUUAUGCAUCAGCAUGCUGUUCAGUGGUGGUUAUGCUUCUCCACCCAAACCAUUUUCCAUACAGUGUUACAUUUUCAAAGGCCCUGUCAGUUAUAGGAUGACUCUGGUGUAAAGGAAAGGUUCCCCUUACCAUCAAUCCCUGAGACUGUUGCAAAAUAAGCUGUUUUCUGCUUUUAACUGUUCCACGGUGAGCUAGAUGCUCCUAUUGCUCAUCUAUAUUUCUCUGGAUCUGACAUGAUUAGCUUGGAUUGAGUUGCUACAGAAGAAUCUCCUAGAUCCCUUAAUAGACAGCAAUAUCUAUUACUGGGUGCGAUUAGACAAUGUUCUCUGAAAUAUGAUUGUCUGUAUCACACCAUAUAUACAGUGGGGAGAACAAGUAUUUGAU